UUAUGCAUAUUACUUUGUGCAGCGGCAUUUGUCUUGAAACCAUGCCAUGAGGAAGCAGCGAAAAAGCAUGUUAAGGCUCACGAGGAUGCCAUGGCUUAUUCCUUACUCCUAAUCAAUUUGCGUCAAAAGAGUUUCAUCAAUGGCUCACUCAACAAUACCUUCUACACAGCAUUCAUCUCAUUUCUAGCAAUUCUGUUAUUUUUCUCCCGUACUGUUCCGGGAAUAACCGCCCCAUUUCGCUGUCCUGACGGAUGUGACUGUGAUCACAUAAACGACAAAGUAGAUUGCACCGGAAGGGGAAUUGCUUAUUUAAAUCAAAAUCUAUCCGUUUCUACUCGUGUGCUGUUGUGUGGCGACAAUGCAUUUAAAGCGAUAUCAAAAGAAAAUAUAAAUCUCACCCACUUGCGGAAACUUCGAAAACUAUCUUUCGCAAAUAAUGAGAUAACUAUUGUGCGGACUGGAGCUUUUCGAGGUUUGGAGAAGAUAUCAUUUCUUGACCUUAGCAGAAACAACCUACGAAGUAUUCCUAGUGAUAUACGACUUUUAAGAUCACUGAAUACCCUUAAACUAGAUGAGAAUGCUAUACAAAGGAUUUACAGAGAUGAAUUCCAUCCUGAAUCUAAACUGGAAGCUCUCUCCAUGGCACACAACAACCUAGAAAUCCUUGAAUCUGACACCUUUACGAAUCUUCAAUCUUUACUCUACAUAAACCUACAAAACAACUCGAUCAGCAAUGUCAGUAGAAGUGUGUUCACUGUUAAUGAGUUUCUUAUAGAGAUGGACAUGUCUUGGAAUCAAUUGGGUUUCUAUGAUCCUGAACUGCACAUCAGUGAUUGGUUUCAGCUACCCGCACUGAACUUGAACAGAUUAAGCAUCAGUCACAACAUGAUACAGGGAUUCAAUAAGGGUGCCUUUGAUUUGCUUACCGAGUUGAAGAAGCUCGAGAUCCAAUCCAACGAGAUCUCGCAACUAAAUCACGAUGUCUUUCAAAACCUACAUUCUCUCGAGAUCUUACUCUCUAGUGACAAUCAAAUCAGCAGUCUACCAGUGCAGCUCCUAAAGGGAUCACUUGAUGUACACACCGUAGACUUUAGCAACAACUUUAUAUCCGACGUCCCAGCAGGAAUAUUCUCGACAAACGAAGCUCUGGAGACCAUCAACUUUUCAGGUAAUGACCUAAGUGAUAUUGAUUGGGUUGUGCAUACUUCCAGUACUUUACGCGAGUUGUACCUUUCCGACAAUGUAAUCAGCUCACUUCCAGACAUAACAUUCAAAUUUUGUGUUAAUAUGGAGAUCCUUGAAAUGCAAAACAACGCUCUGACAGAAUUUCCUAAGUUAAUGAAUAUGACGAAUCUAGAAACUCUAGAUUUGACCAACAACCAGAUAUCAGUCGUGCCAAGAGACACGCGAUUUGUGCAAUAUCAACAUCUUACUUUUAUUUCGCUCGCAUGGAAUCGACUAGUAACGUUGGAAGAAGAUAUCUUUAAUUCCCUACCGCCUGUGGAGACUUUCGAUGUAGCUGAAAACCCCUUCAAAUGUGAUUGCCAUUUGCUUUGGAUGGAUGAUAUAUACGCUGCAUUAUGGAACGGAGAAGAGGUCCCUCCAAACUUGGAAACCUGGCUUCCGACCACGUUUGAAAGCAUGGUGUGCGAUCAACCUAAAGGUUUCCGAGGCGAGUCAGUUGCCAGGUUGGCGGAAAACAGGAACAACUUCAUGUGCUCUUCGUUUGCCAGCCGUCGAGGAGUGAUCGGCCUGAUCCUCGGGUGGCUGAUUCUCCUAUUAACUAUUGUUGGUGUGUACUGGAGAUGGAAAAUUAAGAAAGCAAGGAGGCACAUGCGAGCUUGGAAGACGAAACGGAGGAAGAAAAGAUUCAAAGACAGACUGACAAAGAGGGUCCAAUCGGAUGAGGAUCGUGUGGACAGCAAUAGAUCAAAUGGAAGAGUCAAGAUGUAUUCUCCUAGUCAGCACGAAUACAUUAGUCAGUUUGAUCGUGACUCGUAUCAUUCUGUGGCAAAUCCUGGGGAAAAGACUUUCAGUCCAGCGUGUGUUUGUUUGUUACAACAUGAUGACUCCAUGCAGAGCUGUGAUCUCCUAUCCGAGACCACGGUGUGACAUUGUUCUCGGGAAAAGUGCAGCCUAUAUAGCGGAAGUGACAAAAUAUAUUUUGAUGAAAUUCAAGUGCAAUUAUAUAAAUCAGUAUAUCAUUGUGAAAACAUUAUGCACAUUUUAUACAGCUUGCAUUUACAGGGUUUCGUUGUAUGUUACUUGUUUCUUAUAUCAACAACAGUAAGGUAUCUUUGAAUUUAUACAAAGUGAUGUGUACAAAAAAUUGCCGUUUCACCAUAUACUCUAUAUAAAAAAAUAUUCCCCUCUUUAACAGACACCAUUAGUUGUCAAUGAAACAUGUUUUAUGGUACUAAGAUUGAUAGGAAUGGUCAAAUUCACAUUACCUUUAUUAGCCAAUCUUGCAUGGGUGAACAUACAUAGCGGGAGACAUGGCCCUUUUCAAAAGGCACAGGAGUCAACAUGGCCAUUUAUAAUGCUAAAUUAGCAGAAAUUUAUUGUAGCAUUUUUGCACUUAUUGUGAAAUGUGCGAAUGUAACCAUGACAUAUUUUGACCUCAUAUUUUGUACAACACGUGAAGAAACAUUUUGCUUUAAAAAUAUUCAAUUUCAUUAAAAAUGAAUUCAAUUCAUGCCAGGUUUUGAUCGGAGCUCACUAGACCAUAAAUAUGUGAAAAGUAUCAGGAGACGAAUACAGAAAAUAAACAUACAGUGC